CAAACGUAAUCCCAGCUAAGGAUCCCCCUCCCCAAUCCACUCUCUAACUCUGAAAGUCUGAAACGGGCCAAAGGGGAGAACGCGGCGCAUCAACCUUCUCCUCUCACCGCACGGUCGCCGGUUCGUCUGCGUCCGCCAGCUCCUGCGCCUUCACUGCUGUCUGCGUGUGUCUCCUUCGUACGCGUAGCGUCGUCCCUGUGCCUUCACUGCGUCACCUCGCCUUCACUGUUUCACUCCAUUCCUUCUUUGUGGUUUGAGCGAAGCCGUCAAAACAGCGAAACACAACACUCUCAGAUCUGCAGCAGCUUCACUCUCUCUCUCUCUCUCUCUCUCUCUCUCUCUCUCUCUCUCGGCUCAGAUCCUACGCGGAUCUUCCUCAGCUUCCGUCCCUCCUGAGAAACAAUAUGAAGAACCAGCAUGGUUAUGUGCCACCUUCUUACAUACCUUUGGGCCAAUCGGAGUCGGAGGCAGCGAAUCUCACACCACAGAAGAGCAGCGAACAACAAGCAAGUAGCAAUGGAUCAAACCAGAUGCAGACUCAGUGGUCUUCUGGAAUCUGUGCCUGUUGCGAUGAUAUGCAGAGCUGCUUUAUAGGGUUUAUUUGUCCAUGCUUUCUCUUUGGGAAGAAUGCUGAGUUUCUGGGUUCUGGAACCUUCCUGGGAUCAUGUGUUACACAUUUUCUGUUAUGGUCUUUGGUUAAUACAGCCUGCUGCUUUUUAACUGAUGGAUUGUGUUUGGCACUACCUGGAUGCCUUGUUUCGUGCUAUGCUUGUCACUACCGCAAGACCUUAAGGACAAAGUUUGAUUUGCCGGAAGCACCCUGUGGGGAUUUUGUUACCCAUUUUUUCUGUCAUCUGUGCGCCAUCUGUCAAGAGUACCGUGAAAUCCGCGAAAGAUCUGGGGAUAGUGCACCGACCGACAUGAAGCUUGCUGUAGUGACAGCCCCACCUAUACAAACAAUGCAGUCGGAUUCCGAGCAGUAAUGUCCCUGCCCUCCGCCCUCUGCGAUUCAAAUGUUGCAAACUCGGAACACAAGUUCAUGUCUUCUUACAAUAAUGCAUAUGAUCGCAUUGCCACGGUUGUACUUUUUCAAUUCUCUUACAGAAAACUAGAAGAAUAAAUACCCACUUGUAAAUGAUAUUUGAGUAUGUUUAGGACCUAGUUAUGUCACCUUUUACAUUUUGUUUGAUCCUGCUGUUGGGAUUAUUCCAAAUUCCUUUAGCAAGAGAAGUAUAGCUGCGUAAUUAAUCAA